AUGUGGUCCUUGGCACAUCUUAGGCAUUUGGGUGGUGCAGUGCAGUAUGACUGCGCAUGCCCGUACUUUUGGCAGCGGUGGCACUGCAAUGAGUCUGGAGUUCUUCCGAACCUCAACUCGAAUGGCCAGUCCCAGCAGUUCGUGUUCAUUGAAUACUUGCUGGGACUUUUCACUCGUGGGCAGACUCACGACCACCAAAGCCAUGGGCGCGCCGCCACUGCGCCUCAAUCGAAUAACAUGGAGAGGGCUAGAUCUCCUCUGCUUAAGUUCUUCCUUAAUCUCAGAAUCCGAAAAGUUGCCGGGAACUCCCCGAACCAUAGCGUGGAUGUUCCGUUCCGAAGGGAGAGGAAAAGUGUGAUGGGGCACUUCUUCCUCUCGGAACAGUCGAACGAUCUUACGAUAGUCUUCCUCAGAUAUAGGCUGUUGUUUGCUCAGAGAUUGGACAAGAUGCCAAAGCAAAAGCAAAGGAAAUCCAGAAAACGAAGUAGAAGAGAACCUUCCUCGUCUUCAACAACCAGUAGUUCUUCCGGCAGUUCUAGCAAUAGUAAUGGGCAUAAACAUAAGAGAUCCAGGUGUAAGUCAAGGGAAACCGUGAGUAGCGAACAUUAUUCUACUUUUACGAGGGCCGAUCAGGGAAUACAUAUUUCGAUGAACGCAUUAUCUAAGCAGUCGAUAAUUCCAAGAAUUGCUAGAUGGGUCUUGUCCUUACAAGAGUUUUCUUUUACCAUUCACCAUAAAGCAGGUACUCAGAUGCAACAUGUAGACGCACUUAGCCGAAACUUUAAUGAAUCUCAAAACAAAGCACAAGUCCUACUCAUCCAAGAAGAUGACUAUCUCAGGGAAGCACAGGAUCAAGAUGAAUCCAUAGUGGAAAUUAAAAAUAUUCUUUUAAGUGGGGAUGUUCAGAGUCACAAAGAUGUUUUUAAUAAUUACGAUUUAAGGGGGAACAAAGUCUAUAAGUUAACACCUUAUGGGAGAAGAUGGGUAGUCCCAAAGAAGUGUAGAUGGCAAAUCGUCAAAGCAAACCAUGACGAUAUAGGUCAUUUUGCGGUUGAUAAAACGUUAGAGAAAAUUAAGCAACGGUAUUGGUUUCCCAGAAUGAGGCAUUUCAUAACAAAAUACAUAAAUGCAUGUUUACCUUGUUUAUAUCAUAAAGAUAAAGGGGGCAAAAGACCCGGGUACCUUCACUCCAUCCCAAAGUAUGCUAGACCACACCACACACUACAUAUAGAUCAUUUAGGACCUUUUGUGAACACAAAACAGGGAAACAAGUAUUUAAUAGUUGUUGUUGAUGGCUUUUCGAAAUUUGUGUAUUUAAAAGCAGUUCCUGAUACAUCUGCAAAAUACGUAAUUCAAAUGUUAACUGAAAUGUUCGCGAUGCUCGGUAACCCAAGACGACUCAUCACGGAUCUUGGAUCUGCGUUUACUUCAAAGGUCUUCGAGGAAUUUGUUGCUGCAAGAGGGAUACGGUUAUUUACAACAGCUGUUGGUCUCCCAAGAGGCAAUGGUCAAUGUGAGCGGACGAACAGAACAGUUCUAGACGCUUUAGCAACAUCUGGUUCGCAAACAAGUGAAGACAAUUGGGAUACUAAUCUUUCACAUAUACAACAAGGACUGAAUAGUACUAGACACCGUAUUACACAAAACACGCCCGCAGAAGUAAUGUUUGGUUUCCAACUACGGACUGAUAGUGACAAAUACCCUGAUGACGAUAUGGAAACAACUCUAGAUGUUACAAAAAUCCGAAAAGAGACAGCCAAACGUCUGGAACACAAUAGAAUCGAACAAGAUUUAAAAUUUAACACUAAACGUUCUCUACCUAGGUUGUACCAGGUGGGAGAUGUGGUAUUAACUAAAGUAACCAGCUUUUCAGCGAAUGAAGACAGUAAAAAGUUACGUCCUAAGUUUGGAGGACCAUUCAAGAUAGUUGAGGUUCUACCCAAUGACAGGUAUAGAGUGCAAGAAGAUCGUUUCACACAGAGGUCAAGGCGACCAUAUCAAGCUGUGACGUUCGGGACGAACGUGACGUCAGGAUGGCCGUGCAGUCCCACUCUAUGUCUGUCGCUGCUGACCGGCAGAUCGACGGUGGCUGGGGAAAGAUGACACGACGCUAAGACGCCAAUGCUCUAAAAACCGAUUCAACGCAGCGCAAUAAGACGUUAUAUUUGUUUGUUACUUAAGAUUGUUGGAAUAUAUAUUUAUUACUGCAAGUAGUAUUGAUCGACUAGCGG